AUGGAUGACAUUGUUGAUGACGAUGAUGACGACAUAUUCCAAACCAGUGCCAAAUCCUCCGUAUCGAACGUCGAAACCAGCAAAAAACACACCACCCCCGUCGUUCGUUCACGUUAUUUCGAUGCUAGCGCAUCACCUCCAAAUCCUCCACCCACACCUAAACCAUCAUCCGCAACUGCUUUCAACAACAACAACAUUAAUCCGACUGCGUCUUCAUCCUCAUCCACCCGCAAUGCUUCGCCGCCAAAGCCCAUCGCUGAAGGCUACCCAUGGUCCAAAGAUGUGACCAAGGCUAUGCGACAAGUCUUUAAACUCAAGCAAUUCCGCACCAACCAACUAGAAGCGAUCAACACAACACUGAACGGGGACAACGUCUUUGUACUGAUGCCCACAGGCGGCGGCAAAUCCCUAUGUUAUCAACUCCCCGCCGUUGUCCGAAACCACAAACGCAAAGGUCUCUCCAUUGUUGUUUCGCCCCUCCUAUCACUAAUGAGCGACCAAGUCGAUGCACUUGUGAAAAAGGGUGUGCCAAGCUACUUGCUCAACGGCCAAACUACAGUGUCUCAGCGUCAGGAUAUUUAUCGCGAGCUCAAAAGCUUGACUUUCCAGACGUGUCUCUUGUAUGUGACGCCAGAAAUGAUUCAAAAAUCACCCGCCUUUCGGAAUGCAAUGGAUAAUUUAAACAGACGCAACAUGAUUGCACGAUUCGUUAUUGAUGAAGCGCACUGCGUAUCCCAAUGGGGUCAUGAUUUCCGUCCUGAUUACAAAAUGCUUGGCGAUCUCAAGAUCUCGUAUCCGAACGUACCCAUCAUGGCACUCACGGCGACGGCAAAUGAAAUGGUGCAAAAGGAUGUGAUACAUAACUUGCAUAUUGAUGGUUGUAAAGUGUUAAAGCAAAGCUUUAACCGUGAAAAUAUCCAAUAUGAGGUGGUUGCCAAGGGAUCCAGAAGCAAUCUAUACAGCGACAUGGACCGGUUUAUUCGACAAUACCCUAACAAAUCAGGAAUCAUCUACUGUAUCUCUCGAAAACAAUGUGAAGACGUUGCCGAUGUGUUGCGGAACGACUUUAGCAUUAGUGCCACGCAUUAUCACGCCGCAUUGGACCCAAACGAACGGACGGAUGUCCAAAGAGCAUGGCAAGAAGGACGCGUUCAAGUAAUUGUGGCAACGAUUGCGUUUGGUAUGGGCAUCGACAAGCCGGACGUCCGCUUCGUGAUCCAUCACUCGCUCCCUUCAUCUGUUGAGGGCUAUUAUCAAGAGUCGGGUCGUGCGGGACGAGACGGAUUGUUGGCUGUCUGUCGACUUUAUUACUCUUUUGCGGAUACGCGCCUGCAUCGAGUCCUGAUUGACAAGGGCGAGGGUAGCUGGCAACAAAAACAACGAUUGAUCGAAAACCUCAACAAAAUGGUGCGAUUUUGCGAGAACAAGUCGGAUUGUCGUCGUAAACAGCUGCUUGGCUAUUUCGGUGAGGUGUUUGAUCCUCGUCUGUGUCGCGGCACAUGUGACAAUUGCCAUGUCAACAAAGACACAACGAUCGAGACCAUAGAUUAUACCAAAGAAGCCGGAACGGCACUUACAUUAUUGGAAGUAUUAGAAGAGGAAAAGGUGACUCUGAUACAACUGAUCGACAUUCUACGUGGCUCGAAGUCAAAACGCUACAUUGACCGUGGAUACCACGAGAUUGAUGGCUUUGGCGCGCUUAAAACGGUGACCAAAACUGACGUCGAUCGAUUAUUGAAGCAUAUGUUGUUAAGUGGUAUACUUAAAGAGCGUACUGAAACCAAUCUGGCAGGGUUUACAACGGCAUUUGUUGAGGUAACGUUUGUAACAACGUACCCUUGGGUGAAGAGGAGAAAGCUUAGCUAA